UUGGGCGGCGGGUCCUGCCUGUGACUGCUGUGGAGGCUGCUGGUCCUGCCUGAAACGGCCGCGGAGGCGGCGGCUGUUCCAGACACCUGCGGCGGCGGCGACCCCUCGGCGGCGCGGAGAUGUGGCCCUUGGUGGCAGCGCUGUUGCUGAGUUCGUUUUGCAGCGGUUCAGCCCAGCUACUAUUUAAUAAAACCAAAUCAGUAGAAUUCACCUUUUGCAAUGAAACUGUUGUCAUCCCAUGUUUUGUUAUUAAUGUGGGGGCACAAAACACUAACGAAAUGUAUGUGAAGUGGAAAUUUAAAGGAAAAUACAUUUUCAUCUAUGAUGGAGGCCAAGACAAUGCUACUAUGGACAGUAACUUUUCAAGUGCAAAAAUCGCAGUCUCAGAAUUACUUAAAGGAGAUGCUUCUUUGAAGAUGGAUAAGCGUGAUGCAAAAGUAGGAAACUAUACAUGUGAAGUAACAGAAUUAACCAGAGAAGGUGAAACAGUUAUAGAACUCAAAUAUCGUGUUGUGUCAUGGUUUUCUCCAAAUGAAAAUAUUCUCGUUGUUAUUUUCCCAAUUUUGGCUAUACUUCUCUUCUGGGGACAAUUUGGCAUUUUAACACUUAAAUAUAAAUCCAACUGUACAAAUAAGAAAAUCAUCCUUUUACUUAUUGCUGGACUACUGCUCACUACAAUUGUCAUUGUUGGAGCCAUUCUCUUUGUCCCAGGAGAAUAUUCAGUAAAGAAUGCUUCAGGACUUGGUUUCAUCGUAAUUUCUACAGGGGUAUUAAUAUUACUUCAGUACAAUGUGUUUAUGACAGCUUUUGGGAUGACCUCCUUUACCAUUGCCAUAUUGAUCACUCAGGUGUUGGGCUAUGUGCUCGCUGUGGUUGGACUAUGUCUCUGUAUCAUGGCGUGUAUACCAGUGCAUGGCCCUCUUCUGAUUUCAGGUUUGGGUAUCAUAGCUCUAGCAGAAUUACUUGGACUAGUUUAUAUGAAAUUUGUGGCUUCUAAUCAGAGGACUAUACAAGCUCCUAGGAAAGCUGUAGAGGAACCACUUAAUGCGUUUAAAGAAUCAAAAGGAAUGAUGAAUGAUGAGUAACUGAAGUGAAGUGAAGGACUCUGGUUUGGAGAGUCAUGGAACCUGAAGGAGUACACUUGUAUUUAAAGACCCCGGCCUUGAUGAUUCACUCUUGGGAAGAAGAAAAAAAAAAAAAAAGAAAAGUAACUGGUACUCGUCUGUAAGAGAAAAUAAGUCAUUGACCCGUAAAUGAUUAUCACAGUUUUUAUUCAAAACAACUAUAAUUUAGUUAAUAAAAGAAUUAUGAUCUGUGUCGUGUGCCCGGUUGAGAUCCAAUUUUCUGUUAUUUCUAUUUAAUUGGGGACAAAAGUAGAGGGAGCAACUUCCAAGGAUGAUACUUUCCAUAUCCUCGGGCCUCUCGACUCUGGGUUUAAAUUGGUUCAGGGUGAGAAUGACCUAACACUAACCUGAUGGUCACCCAGAAACAUCUGUGAAAAUCAGUGGCUUCCAUCCAAGCUUAGUAAACUCAGGUUCCCAGCAUCCAUGGCAGUUAGGCUGUUAGCUGAAUAAGGUGUCUGCCACUUCUGGGUCGGGAAUAAUGACUUAUUAAGUGGAGACAGGAAUUUGGUUGGGAACAUCUUGUAUGCCACUUACCUGUGCUAUGAUGUCACUGGAUAUAGGGGUCUUCAUUCUUGGGGGUUGCCAUUCGCACAGUGUCCCUUCAGCCUACAGUGUGACAGAUACUUCCCAGAUGUGGGUUGCUUUUAUUGACAGGUGUGUUUUUCUUUAAUUCACACAACCCUUGGGACCCUUCCUUGCCCUCCUGUUACUCGCUUCUGCUGGACACGAUGUAGCACCGUUUCUGAACGCGGUCCAGUGAYGCGGUAGCAUCAGUUGCAGAAAGGAGCCAGACUUGUUUUCAGAGCACUGUGUUCACACUUUUCGGCAAAAAUAGCUAUGGUUGUAACAUAUGUAUUCCCUUCCUCUGGUUUGAAGGCAAAACUCUACCGUGUUUCUUCACUUAUUUUCUGAUUGGAGGCAUGACAAAAGCAAGACUGAAAUCUGAACUAUGAGUCUCCUGCAUGGCAACCUUCUGUGUGUCUCCAUCAGGCCGCGGGCCAGCCCUCGAGGGGGGCACUCCUCCUGUUGUGUCUCUGUUGCAUGAUAACCACUCAUCCGCUUCCUCCUGUAGUCCUGCCUCCUGCUCCCCCUCCCCUGAGAUUGAAAAGUAAAACAGAACCACAUUUCCUACCCCAGUUAGAAGAAAAAAAUAACGUUCUGACAGUGUGAUCGCCUGGAGUACUUUUAGAUUCUUAGCACUCGUUUUUUACCUCGUUUGUGGAUGUGUGUUUGUAUGUGCACAUGUAUAAGGUAGGCUCCUGCUGCUUCUGUAGGGACAGAAGUGCCGUACCUACAGGAGAGCCAGUGCUGACUUUGUGCUUUUAGUAAAAACAUUUAAAAACAAAAGGUCCUUAUCAGGUGGAAUUAUAUUUGAUGCAAAUAUUUGAYCACUUAAAACUUUAAAAACUUCUAGGUAAUUCGCCAAGCUUUUUGACUGCUCACCAAUGCCCUCUAAAAAUACUAGUGAUUCUUCCUGUUUGUGUAAUGAGACUUUCAUAUUCGUAGUGCCAUCACUGAUAGUUAUUUCUUAGUCUCCUGGAUGUUUCCAUGUGCCUCUUUUAUGCCCAACUUAUUGUCAUAUUUCAUGUUGGGACCAAGUGGUUUGCCCAUGGCAGACCUAAACUUAUAACCUGCUGAGGCCCCUCAGAAAAUUGAACACACUAUCAAGACAGUUCUUCCCUGAUUGAGUAGCUGUCCAAAAUUAUAUUAGUCUAUGGAGAGGGAGCUGURUUCCUUUAUACAAAUCUAAUGGCUCCUGCUGCUCUUCUCCUGGAAAUAUUUGCACUUUGCUAAUAUCGUUUGUUACUUUAGAAAUUAGUUUUGAUGAAAAGAGCAAAAAAAAAAAAAAAAGCAGAUGGACUUGAAAAAGAUUCAAAUUCUUAUUCUCCAUUAAGAAAAUCAGGUAUGAAGAUCUUUAUAGUCAAAUUUUUUAAUGAACUAAAGUUGUACCUUUUAAUAUGUUGUAAACUCUCCUUUAUUUGGGGUUCAGUCUUGAUCUGACCAUCUGUUGUGUUCUCUUUGAUGCUACCUGCCUUUUGAGAUGUCACUGGCCUAGACAAUGCCACUCGAGGUAGCAGGGGAAAUGCCAGAUGCAAUCAACUCUUGCUCUUACCCAUCCUCUUCUCCAGCUAAGGGACCACAGCAGCAGCAGUCCUCCUGCCUGGGCAUCAUUGGGCCAGUUUAUUCUCUUUAAAUCAGACUUGUAAUGGCUCCCAAUUCUGUCACAUCAGAUAUAACUUGCUAACAGUGUUUUGAGCAUCAUAGAUUGUUUUGCCCCAUAAGAUGCUUUUUUACUCCCUGAUCCCAAUUUUUGCCAUCAUCUCCUCCAUUCGGUUUUAUUUAUUGUACAUUCUCAAAGUGACACCAUUUGUCAUUUCCUGCAACAACCUUUUCAGCCUUUUUGGCCAAAUCACAUUUUUCUUUUCCUUCAGUACAUACUGCUCCAGCCCUUCCCCCCMCACACACUGGCUGUCCUUUGCAGUCUGUCCUCAUCUGUCUAGCAGCCUCUUUCAUCUCUUUCUUACCCUUCCUUAGUACUUCAUUUAUCUUGGCUUUAGUUCUGUUGGGGUUUUUUGUCUUGCUUUUCUCACUGGAUUUUAAAAUUGCUUCCAUAGCAAGAGCUUCUCUCUCUUCCUUUCUCUCUUGCUGCUGUGUGCGGUGUUCUGCGUACAUUAGAUACUCCGUACAUAAGUUUGAUGAUUGGCUGUAUUUCGAUUUCUCACUAUUUUUAAUAGGGUGAGCUAGAGACUUUUCUUUUUUGACAAAUUGCACAUGCUCGGAAAACCUUAAAGGGAAAUGAUUUUUUUUUUUUAACCUGGAAAUUUCAGGUCCAUUCUGUUAAAAAUUCUUGAGAAUAUCAGAGUUAAUUUGGCUAUCCCAUAAUUGGGAGUAUUGCUCUUUUCAGACUUCUCUUGCCAAUUUAGUAAGUGUCCGACCGGAUUGUGAUCUAAUAAAGCUCAAAAAGUGAUAAGUUUGCUCCUUCAUCUCAUUAAUUUAAAAAAGGCUACAUCACCUUCUCGAUGUCUGUCAUCUUACAAAGGGUGUUCAAAAGUGGCGAUAGGUGGUUUAUGUCUGGAAAUACAUACCCAUACCUUUAUUUACCUCUUGUUGGAAACUGGAGAAAUAAUUGUCUGGCACCUCUUUACAUUUUCUUUGUGUUUUAUUUGAUUGAGGGUUUAUUUAGAAAUAUUAGUUUUGCAUGUGUGUCUUAUAUUCAAAAUCACUAACUGCCAUCACCCACUGGGGGUCCUUUUAGUUUAAUAGGGAUAAUCCAAGUUAACUUUGAAGAGAUGAGCAGUGACCAGGAAGUUUUCCUGCCUUUAACUUUGAUAGCUCUUAAUUAUCAUCCUGUAAGACCAGCUUUUCCAUAAAUCCAGUCUUCUAAGGAAAAAAAUAAAGCAAGCCUUUGUAAUAAGCUUCUCUGUAAGACAACAGCAGUGGAAACUUCAAAGUGUUGUUAUCAAGAUUGGUGAGAGAGGGAAACAUUUUUGUUUUUAUUAAAUGAAG